AGACAGCAGCAAUGGGAGGCCGUACAGGGACCCAUGACACACUCUGGACCUGGCAGCAGCAUGAGGAGGCGGUACAGGGGCCCAUGACAGAUUACGGGCCUGGCAACAGCAUGAGGAGUCGGUACGGGGGCCCAUGGCAGAUAACGGGCCUGGCAGCAGCAUGAGGAGGCGGCCAUAAAGAGGCCUAUGUUAAAAAGUCCCCCCAGCAGCAGUGUGGGGAGACGACUAUCAAGAGUCCAAUGGCAGAGUGGCGGAGCAGAAGCAGCUUCAAUUGAAGAAGAAGAGG